AUGGAAAAAACCGAACGAAAGAUCCAGACAGGUCGACGGGACCAUUCCACCAAAAGGAAAUGGCAAAAAGACCGAAGCAUGCCUGUUCUAGACGACCUGAAGGAGAAGCGGCAACGCCUACAGGAAAAGGAGUCAAGGCUAGAGAAAGAGAUGCAACGACGACUCGAGCGCGAGACGUGCGGAAAGUCCCGCGAAUCCGAAGAUGCCGUCAGAUCGAAGGGACGUGAUCGCCCACAGGAGAGACGAAAGGACAGGGACUCAAGCCAGAGACGCCGUGAGGAUAGACGUGAAGCACGACAGCGAAGGUUCAGCCGGGAUCACGACCGGAAGAAACAAAGUAGACACUAG